AUGAGCCCAUUACAACCAACACCUCGCGCUGUCCUCUCGAGCCUCAUAAACACUCUUACAGCAUCACCGCUGACCCCGCUGCCACAGCCCGGCAGCAAUCCGCUCAAAUCCCUUCCUCAGUCCCAGCGUCCGAUACUGGUAACCCUCCACGUUCUCUUCCCUUCGCUCGUCCUGCCCGCUCUGGAUCUUCUCGACCGCAACCUCGUAACCCGGGUGGUCAAAGUCGACGCACUUCCCUACGACACCGAUACCGAUACCGACGACGAGGACCAAGUACCCGACGCCGCCGCCGGCGGGGACCCCGCCAUCGACCCCGCAGACCAACACCACCCGCCAUCAUCCCCCUCCAAUUCCGACGACCAGGAUGCAAACGACCGGGAUGGGGCGACAGCCGUCCCCAACCGCGACGAACCGGCAGCAUUCCACCUCGUCCGCUCCGUCGCAUCCACGUUCCGCCGCAACCAGUCCGCUGCCAUGACAACUUCCACGGCGACGACAUACCUCGUCCAGCUGGACGCGUGGAACUGCACCUGCGCCAAUUUCGCCUUUGAGGCGUUCCCCGCCGGCACGACCGCAUCAGAGAGCGACUUGGAGGUCUUGGGCGCUGACGCCGUUGAGGACGAGAUCGAGGUGUCUCCUGAUUGGCAAUUCGGGGGUCUAAGUCUCGAUGGGAAGGAUUCUGGCGGGGUGCCGUGUUGCAAGCAUUUGCUUGCCUGUUUGCUGGCAGAGCAGUGGUGUGACGUUCUCGGGAGCUAUGCUUUGGAGAAGAGGUUGGAUCGGGAAGAGAUUGCGGGAACGAUUGGGGAUUUGUAA